GCAGAGGGGCGAGGCAGGGGAGGCUGAGCAGCUCGGGCCCGUCCCUCUCCGCCUAGGACCCAGCGGAAACCCCUGCCCAUCUCCCCGGCUCGACGGGAGAGGCGCCGUCCCCCUCCCCUGCUCGAGGUGCCCGGGCGGAGGGAGGGUGGAGCCGGAGAACGCGACCCCCCCCCACCCCGUCCAGCUGCGUCGCCAGGCUCUCUUUCCCCGCCCCCGGCCCCUUCCCUCGUGGGGGCGAAAGGAAAAGCGGCGAGCCAGCUGUUGCUGCGAAGAUGGCGAGCCGCCGCGUCUUCUGGCUGCUCUUCUGGCACUUGGGCUUCCUGGGCUGUAAGUCGCUUCUCUGUCUUGGCCUCUCCUUCCCCGCAGGGCAGCGGCUCUCCCUCUUUCUCUCCUGGGGGGAGAGGGCGCUCAGCUCGCCUGAAAAACCCCAAGUCCUUCCUCGCCGCCGCGCAGCCAAGUUCGCCGCCGCCGCCGCCGCCUCCUUGCGAGGAGCAUCUGGUUGUUUUUUCCAGGGAGCGACGCCAGCAAGUGGCUCCCUCUCUUUUCGCUUACAAAAGGUCCACCUCCUCCCGGUAGGGAAGAGCAACCUCGCCUCUCCCGGCUUCUCUGGGCUGUCUCCUCUUUCGGGCUGACUCUUCCUACUAGGCGGUACUGCCGCGAAGCAGAGGACGGGGCUCGCCCUCCCCCGCCCCAGCCGCCGCUCGAUUUGAUUUGAUUAGCGAGGCCGGCUGGAAACGCGCUGGCCGCCCCAGGAGGCAGGCGCACGCGGCGGGGAAGCCGAGGCUUAAAGCGGAGCGGCGCCUGCUGGGGGUCUGUUAACCAGGCAGGGCCGCAGGAGGGCACCGGGGUCAGCUGGUGUCAAUUCCCAACGCGCGCUUUAAUUGAGAACGCUGCAAUCUUAGGAUGCUCAUUUGCCCAAAGCGUUUAAGGUGCAUGGGCGUGUCCCUUCACACUUGCCUUGCUUCUAAGCCUGUAUGAGAAUUGGUUGGAAGGAGACUGCUGUGCACACCUGCUGUGGAAUGAGUCCCGUGGAAUCUGGGGAAAGAUAGCUAUUAUGAAGGAGUUUGGGGGUAUUUGAGAGAUGGGGACCAGGGGCUCUCCACAAGUGCUUUUGUCCGCCAGCUCCCAUGAGCCACAGCCAACAUCACCUGUGGUCAGGACUGUUGGGAGUUGCAAGGGCCUCAGUUUCCCCAGCCCUAGUCUAAAGUGUGUGUUGAAAGUGGUUGAAAGCCUUGCUAAGCAGUUUUGAGACAUAGAAAUCUGGAUUUAUUUUUAAGUGGGAUUUCUACUUUGUUUAGGAGAGGGGAAAUCCUGUACAUUUUUACUUGCGAGUUGGCUCACCUGAGCUCAGUGGGACUAAGUUCUGAGGCAACAUGCCUAGGAUCUGGCUAUAAGACUUACUCCAGGCUGCCUCAGCCUCAGCCCUCCAGAUGUUUUUGGCCUACAACUUCCAUGAUCCCCAGCUAGCAGGACCAGUGGUCAGGGAUGAUGGGAAUUGUAGUCUCAAAACAUCUGGAGGGCCGAGGUUGCGGAAGCCUGACUUAUUCCCAUGGAAGAUUGCAGCUGUGACACACAAGACUGGAUUCACCCCGCUGAUUACUAUGGACUCACAGCGUUUUCAGUGCUGGGUUGUAAAUCCAUGUUCACACAAAUUGAAGCCCAGGUGUGAACAACUGGAGUGGGGGGAAGCUGUGAAAAGCAUGGUCCGGGGAACUAACUUCACUGUACUCUAAGACUGUAAAGUAAGCACACCUGAAGUUCCACUGAGUUCAGUGGAGCUUUCUGCCAAGUACGUAUAGGAUUCUGCAGCCAUGCACCAUGAACCGAAACAUCUCACUUGGGACUAAACCUAGAGUUUAAUGGAACCUGCUGUCUGAUAAAUGUGCCUUAGGCAGUUGACUUGGAAGUAAAAUACAUUGAACAAGUGGGCUGUACAUUGGUUGUAUAUUGUGUGAAGAAAUACAAAAGAGACUCGUGGGCUUGGCAACUAUAUUAUUUAUUACUUGACCUAAACCACUGAGCCUUGGGCUUGCCGAUCAGAAGGUUGGCGGUUUGAAUCCCCGUGAGGGGGUGAGCUCCCGUUGCUUGGUCCUAGCUCCUGCCAACCUAGUAGUUCGAAAGCACAUCAAAGUGCAAGUACAGUGGUACCUCGGGUUAAGUACUUAAUUCAUUCUGGAGGUCCGUUCUUAACCUGAAACUGUUCUUAACCUGGAGCACCACUUGAGCUAAUGGGGCAUCCUGCUGCCUCCGUGCCGCCGGAGCACGAUUUCUGUUCUCAUCCUGAAGCAAAGUUCUUAACCUGAAGCACUAUUUUUGGGUUAGCGGAGUCUGUAACCUGAAAAGUAUGUAACCUGAAGCGUAUGUAACCUGAGGUACCACUAUAGAUAAAUAGGUACUGCUCCAGCGGGAAGGUAAAUGGCGUUUCUGUGCGCUGCUCUGGUUUGCCAGAAGCGGCUUAGUCAUGCUGGCCACAUGACCCAGAAGCUGUCUGUGGACAAACGACGGCUCCCUUGGCCAGUAAAGCAAGAUGAGUGCCGCAACCCCAGAGUCGUCCACGACUGGACUUAAUGGUCAGGGGUCCCUUUAUCUUUACUAAAGGAAUUGUUGGAAAAAAUUGCAAAAGGAAAGGUGCACAAAGUGAUAUUUUGAUGUGCCUGAGACUGAAACUUUUAAGAGACUUAAAUUUUUAUAUCGCAAUUCACAAGAUUAUUCAAAAUGAUUUGUGUGCUAAAGCAUUUUCUUUUGUGUUUCAGAAAGAUAAUCAAGCAUUGUUGUGAUACUUAAUCUUGCAAUUUAAAAUAAAUUCAGCAGUUUCAGAUUCUGUGCUUUUCAUCUUUUCUAGAAGAAACCUGUUUUUGAAAAUUGAAGUUAGCCGUUUGGGGGAGAGUUGCAUGUAGUUAGUCUUGCCUAGGGUUCAAAAUAACCUGGCACCAGCACAUUCAAAGCACAUUCAAAGCACAUUAUUUCCCUCACAGAAUUAUGGACCCUGUAAUUUACUCCUCACAGAGCAAUUCCCAGCAACCAUUAACAAACAACAGUGCCCCAAAGGACUGGUCUUCAACUCGUGGGUCACAGCCUGAUCCAAGGUGGGUUGCAACAGGAGCACUACCACCCUGCAAAUGUAUGGUAAAAGAUUAAGAAAUGGGUCCCCAAAUGCAUGUUUGGGUUAAAAGUCGGUCCUAGGUCUGAAAAUAUUGAAGAUAUGUUUUAAAGGUAUAACAACAUCUUCAAACAUCCACAUCAAACUGGUUAAGGAAUCAAAACAUUCAUUCCUUUCUUAGGAGGGUUAUGAAACAUAUGGGGGGGUUGUUUUGUUUUUAUUUUUCUUUAAAAAAGAUUGUCAGAGCCCCUGAAAGCAAAAGUAGCAAGCAUGAAAACAAUCAAAAGCAUGCCCUCAAAGAUUAUGUUUUCUCUUGAUAAAUAUAACUUCAAUGAAGAUAAGAGGGGGGAAGUGGAGAAAAAUGCCCCACCCAAGAACUGUGUUGAACACAGAUAGGUGAAGCCAAACCACACAGCUGUGAAAACAAUGUGUAUUGAAAUAUGUCGGAUAUCUGACUAGUAUGCUUGUUAAGCUUUAAUUCCCGGCAGAUUUGGUACUUUGUACUUGUACACUGUAGUGAUUUCAAAUUGAUGUGAUUAUUGGAAGAUUUGAUAUGUUUCUGCUUUGAUGGCUUAAUAUAAUUUUAGAAAUUGUUCCCUGUCUGCAUUUUCCCUGUCCCAAGAUCCUUCCAUAAAUCAGGAUUACACCUAUCAAUGAAAGAUAUCUUCCUCGUAGCAUUUUUCACACAAGAUGCAAAUUACUUUGAUAUUGUGUUGGGAACUGAUUUUAAUUUCAAUUAAGCUUUGUAUAGUAAAGAAUUGUUCCAGAGCUAUCCAAUGUUUAUAAGCUCAAAUUGUACUGUUAUGGAUUAAGUUGGUGUUAGAAUUUAAUUAAUGUUGGGCUGUUGGAACAGGGAAGUAGCAAGACCUGUGUGUGUUUAAGAUGUGUGUUAGCUGCUAUUAAUCCUCUGGAAUUAGCGUAUGUGGAGAGACAAUUAACCUAGGCAAAGUACAGAAGUUGUGUAUCAGCCAUCCUCUUUAAUCCAAGGCAAUCAGUACAAAGCUAGUUUUGUUUGAGGCAGUAACCUGGGGGGUAAUGAUCCAUUAGCACAACAAAGCAUCAAAGAACUAGGUGUAAGAAUGCAAAGACCAGGGUUUAGGUUAGCAAGCGCAUAACAGGUGGGAUGUGGCAGGGUAGGGAUGAUGCUGCUGCCUUUGGAAGAAGCUGGCGUCCACUUGGGAUGUGAUGUUUGAAACCUCCACAGUAGGCACUGGUUUUAUAUGUGCGUAAUUAAACCAUGUAUCAUAAAGACACCACAGUGGAAUGCAUCCACUGUGAAACUUGAAACUCCUAGAGCUGUAUCCGGCUAAGUUCUACUCAGAGCUGUUGUUGGCAUCCGUCUGUCUCAGUGGAGUGUGCCUCCGAAGGUGAAGUCAAACCACUGGAGAAUCACAGAAAUUAAUGGACUUGCUACUACUAUUUUUAAGAAUGCUACCAACUUGAUGGACACUUUCAAAUCCUGCCACAUAUUUACAGAAAAGCCAGGCUGGUAGUUGCCAGGGACGUGGAUGCAUUGCACUGACAAGCUGUUAACUCUCAACCUCCGGUUUUUCAAUGAUGGUAAUGAUAAUAAUGGUUAAAAGUGCUACAUAAAUGGUAAGCCAGGAUAAGUCUUGCUACAUUUGACAGUACUGUAAAGUGCAAUUCUCUUCUGCUUUGUUGAGAAGCUUCAUGGGCUCUCUUAAAUACUAAUCCUGAAUCUGAACAAAGAAAAGUUCUCAGCAUUUUUUGUAUUGCCCAGUUUUGUUGCAAAGCUGAGGUAAUGCAAUCUGCUGCAGUUUCCUGAGUCUAAAGCCCUGCAGAAAAAAAGCCAUGAAGGUUGGGGUUCUUCUUCUUUGUAAGAUCCUGGGUCAGCGUGCUAAUAUUCAUGAAUGGUUUUUCUGCUUUACUGCCUUUGUAAGAGCUUGGAGCAGAGAGCUGCAUAGCAACGGAGGCUUCCUUAGAGAUUCACCUUCAGCGACAGGCUCUUCCUUUUGUAUAAAAGAAGGGAAGUGAAAAAUGCAACAGUUGAGGCCACUUAAAAGUAGCACCGUUAACCCAACAAAUGAGGCACAGAGCAAAAUGCCGUGCUGCUGUGCGUUUUCCUGUUUGCCUUGCCAUUGUUCUGUGUCAUCUGUAUCCUAUCUGCCCCAUUUGCGUUUGCUUUUUGUAUAAACAGUUGUUUUUAAAAAGACCUAAAUAAGGGCAAGAGGCUUGAGUUGAAAGUUUGCAAUUGUUAGCUUACUACAAAAAGUGCCAGUUGAUCUUUAUCAUACAAAGAUUGCUUUCUGUUUUUAAAUUAUUAUUUUUUUAAAAAAAGUAAGAUUACAUGACAUUGUUUUUGCAUUAUUAUGUAAAACUUUAAGGGUUUAAUUCUAGAUUCCAACAGUAGUUCAGGGCACUGCAAUGCCUGCGGAAGGCAAGCUGUAGCUCCACACUGGAUCACAUGCUUUGUAAGCACAUAGUCCAAUGCUCAGUCCCCCAUACGUCUCGUUCAAGGAUAGCUAAUGUGGCUUCCUCAAACGUUGGCAGCAGGGCCCAAUAGUCAGGGUUGAUGGGAGUUGUGCUCCAACAAUGCUUGGCAGGCCACAUGUUCCCAAUCCCUGAUGUAGUGGGUGACAUAUUGGUUGCUUAGUUAUUUUAUUAUUAAUUACAUUUCUAUACUGCCCUUCAUCCAAAGAUCACAGGAUGGUUUACAAUAUAAAAAUGCAAAAAGCACAUACAAUAAACAAACAAACAAAUACACAACAAUACCCACGGUGUAAAAGGCCAUAGAUUGUUUAAUUAGCCAAAGGCCUGGAAAAAGAGGAAUGUUUUUGCCUAGCACCUAAAGAUAUGUAGCGAGGCUUUGAGAGUCAGCUUGGCUGCAGUCUGUUUUGGAAGCGAUAAAUUACUGGCUACCAGUGCACCAACAAUAUCUGAAGGGCCCCAUGUUGCCUGGCUUUGCUCUAGUUCAUGGGUAGGCAAACUAAGGUCCGGGGGCCGGAUCCGGCCCAAUUGCCUUCUAAAUCCAGCCUGCGGAUGGUCCAGGAAUUAGUGUGUUUUUACAUGAGUAGAAUGUGUCCUUUUAUUUAACAUGCAUCUCUGGGUUAUUUGUGGGGCCUGCCUGGUGUUUUUACAUGAGUAGAAUGUGUGCUUUUAUUCAAAAUGCAUCUCAGGGUUAUUUGUGGGGCAUAGGAAUUUGUUCAUUCCCCCCCCCCAAAAAAAACCCAUAGUCUGGCCCCCCACAAGGUCUGAGGGACAGUGCACCAGCCCCCUGCUGAAAAAGUUUGCUGACCCCUGCUCUAGUUAAAGCAUCUUCCAUGGCGUAGCUGUAGAAGAGACAUCUGGGGGGUUGCUGCCUCUGAAGAAGCUGUUCUGGGUUUGAUGUUUUCAAUGGUCUGAGCAGUAUAGCGUGUACCGAGUCCAGUAUACUGUGUACUGAAGCCAGAGAGCCUGUGUGCUGAGGCCCAGGUGGCUUCCAUAAUCUAGUCAAAGGGUGUCAUCAAAUACUACUGUUCCACUAGCACAGCAGACUACCCUAAUGGGACUUUUCUCUCCUUUUCUUCAGUUUCCCAUGCACCGUCAAAAUCUGCUCCAAGGAAUUGGAGAACUCCCUGCCCCAGAGCAGAUUAUGAGGUUGUGCAGAGAAGGGAGAGGAAAGGGAAACCCGACUGUACAAGUAGCAUUCUGCAUGCGCGCGCACACACCCAAAGUACCUGGGAGGUGUAGCGACCUUGGCAGUGUGUAGGAUGGCUGUAGUCAAACGAGGAAGUAGUUCUUCUAUCCGUAGCAGUUGUACAGGUGAGGAAAUUUUGGCCACUGUAUCUUUCCCCAGCACAUCAUGCAGCAACACAAAAUUCUUUCCUCUACACAAUUAUCACACACAUGAUACAUUUGUUGUACAAAGGUGCAACAGGGUUUGCAAUCUUAGUGGAUCUUGCAUUCCUGUAAAAAAAAAAUAUUAAAGACAUGAAGCAUUUUCAUUUUGCAGCCAUUUGGACAACAUUUGCAUUUUUAGGCUUCAUAAAUUGGCAGCGUUUCCAACAACUUUGUUGCUAUGGAAAUAAACUCUGUGCAGCUCUUACAAUAGCAGUGUAAGUCGAUUAUUUGUGAGACACUAAGCUUUUUUAAAGACGCCUGACCCCCAUUUUCCUAUUCAUUGCCAAGAAACAGAAGAGGCAGCAAAAAUCUCAAGCCUGGUUCAAAGUUAAGUUUGGGCAUUUUUAUCCUGUUGAUGCUUACCAAAAGAAACUGAAAAAUAUUUAUUCAAUUUAUAAAUCAAAAGCAUUAUGGGAAGAAAAAGGAUCUUUGUGCAGAAUCUUCAAAGUUUUCUGUUACUGAAUUGUGUCCUUAAUUCAUAGAUGUAUGUAGUAAUAUUGUGCUCAAGGAACUCAGUGCAACUCCCACUGAAAGCAAGCGGUUAAUGAGGUUGGAUGGGUCUUGAAAUCUCAGUUUCUCAUUUCACCUCCCCACCCCGGUUCCAUCUUAAAUUCAGUUCACCACAUGCCUACAUCAGUUGUUGGUGGUGGUGGUUGUUUUUUAAAUCUCUUGAAAAUAUGUCUUUAUUUUAGUGCAUAUUUCUCUUAAUAUACACUUUGCAUGCAAUUUUGCCUAAUAGGGUGUCUUUUUCUUUGACAGUUUCACUAAUGUAAUGCAUUUUAUAUACGCUUUCCCCUGAUAUGCACAUUUUUAAUACACUUUUUGGGGGUUGAUGAACUGCAUUGCAAAAUUUGCAGGACUGUGAAUUACAAAGGAUAGCUGUGCUUCAGUUUACUUGCUCUUUUGGGAAGUGAGAAUUGGCUAGAUCCAGAUUAAAAUCCAAACCAAACUGAAUUUCUUCCCCAUCCUAGUGGUUAAUAAUGUGUGCUGGUAAAGGUCCAAGCCUGCAAGAAUAGUGCACAUACAUCUCAGGUCCAGGAUGCUUUUUAAAACAUAUAUUAAAAAAUGUGUUAACUUACAUGUGAUUUUGUAUGUGCAUGUAUUGCAUUCAGAAAGGUGGUUCAUGUGAGGUCUGCCCUACUGGAUUCACACACAAAAAACAUUUGUUUUAGCUUUGAAAAGUUCUAGUCAAAAUUUCCCCACCUCACCUUUUGUCUGAGCUUUCUUGUUAUUUAAUUCUCAGUUAUGUGUAUAAGGAGUCUUUCAGUUAACGUUUUUAUAAAUUUCUCUGUUCAGAAUUCUGGAACACAUUCACAGUUCCUAAAAAUGUUUCCAAAGUAACUGAAGACAAAGGUGAAAGUUUGCAUGCAUUUGUUUUUUCUCCUGAAAAUGGCAAACAGUAAACUAUUUCAAUGGGGGGUGGGGGUGAGGAAACAGUCCUUACUAGCAACCAGCAAGAACAGUAGUAGAAAAAAUGCUGACUUUUGAAAUAUAUGUAUAUUUAUUUCCCUCUAAUUAUACUGCCUGUAUUAUUUAAUAGCAGCGGUGGUAAGACUAACUGUAAAUUGCAUAGUGGAAACACACAUUUUAUUUAAUGCACAAACACAUGCACACAUUUCCUAGAUUAUUUAUUAGUUUAAAUCAAAGUAGAAAAAUGGUGGGGAAGGGGUAGCCAGAAAAAUGCUUCAUAACUUUAGAUGAAAACGUGUAGUCAUCUUUAGAAGCUUUAGAUGAAUUGCUGGUAUUCAAAAAGCCUUAUGCAUGCAGCCCAGAUUGGUUUCAGUGGGACUGAAGUGCAACAAACUUGGCCUGGCUCCAACAGAGCUGUUAGCACACUCAGAUGCAGAGUAUCAUUAGAGGGAGUGCUUAUAUUCAUAUUCCAUGUGGAAUCACCACACUUGGUAUGGUCUGACCUGUAAAUGGGAGCGAAUCGUAAUAUUUAUGGAAGGGAUUUGAAAUGCAGCCCCCUAAAUUGAAAGGUUCUCAAGACUUUCACCAUCCCUAUUGGAUAAUCCUCAGUCUUCCCUGAAAAGACCAGAGAAUAUCAUUUCCAGUUGCACAACUUGGCUGCGCAACUUAGAAUCAUUGUUGAGCCAUAGUCAUAACAUGAAAAUUAUAACCUUCCCCUCCCUCUGCCUUCUUUGGCUGGUUGAAGUAUUGAUGUUGAGAAUUGUGCGAAAGGAUGUUGUAGUGCAACAGUACAAAAAACUGCUUAUCCCUGGUGUUGCUCAGCUGAAACCCGAGUGAUUCUUUUAAGGGCAAUUUACAUUUCAUCUGAUCUGAUGUUUAAAUACAUGAUCCAGAACUGUACCUAGAGUUAAAAUACAGUGUACAUUUGGCACUGAUGCAGGUGUAUAGAAAUAAGAGUUGCACUUGUAGAUUAAAAGAAGAAAAGGACUCUGAAAUACAUUUGCACAUGCAUAGUUAAAAAAAAUUAACUAGUUAGUUUGAUCUCCUUUGCAGGCAACAUGAUUUAAGCAAACAGCCCAACUGUAUGACUGCAGAGGACAUUUACUUGAUUGUGAAUGGACUUUGCAAUGUAAAGGCUUUCUUUUUCAUUUCAGAUUAUAAAGCGUAUGGAAUCGUCGUAGAGACAGACACGAAAGAUGUUACAGCAAACGAAUUUGAGGGUACAGUAUGUGUAUGACUGUGUACGUCUUGUAUCAAUGGAUAAGUGAAAGUCCUUAGAUGAAUUUUAAAAGGCUGUUUGAUAAAAGUGCAGUGGAGUGAUGCAAUGGAUACAGCAGCAACAAAAUGAAGUUGGAUUGUAUAUAUAAAAAAAGUAAUCCCAUUUGUCCCCCUCAACUGAGUGCCCCCAAAUCUAUUCUAUUCCCAAGCCUCUGGAGCAGAUUUUGUGUGCAUGUGCGGUGGGACGGGUUCAGAGAAAGAAGAGCAGGAAGAACUUUGGUUGCAUAAGCAGAAGUCCUUUCAUAAACAGGGUGACAUUGUUAUAUACAAACCUGUGGGUGCUUCCAGACAGGUGUUUGGUGUGAAAUGGAUGUUUCAAGUUUUUUGCAAUGUCUAUAUAAUAUCAUUGGCGUUGAAAUGCCAGUCUGUACAUAUACAAUACUGGUAAAUGGAUUAUUUGCAUUUCUGUGAGAGAAAGUGAGGCACAAAUGCAUUUUACAGGGCCAAAUUCAUUAAUUAUUGGGCAUUAAUUAUAAGGACCUAUGCUUAGGACCAGAUCCUGAAGCUCAGGCUCCAAUACUUUGGCCACCUCAUGAGAAGAGAAGACUCCCUGGAAAGACCCUGAAUGUUGGGAAAGAUUGAUGGCACAAGGAGAAGGGGAGAAGAGAGGACGAGAUGGUUGGACAGUGUUCUUGAAGCUACCAACAUGAGUUUGACCAAGCUGCGGGAGACAGUGGAAGACAGGAGUGCCUGGCGUGCUCUGGUCCAUGGGGUCACGAAGAGUCGGACACGACUAAACAACAACAAAUGCUUAGGACCUACGGUUUCUGAAACUUUUGAAAUACAAACAAAGAACUGGCUCAAGCUGUGAACCUAGGGGGUAGGAAAUAUGAAGGCUUGGCUCCAGGCCUUCUGUACACAUACUAUUAAUAUUCUCUGCCAGUGCACAGCCACAGUGAGUGUUCUUUAGGGUCACAAUUCAUGCAGUGUAAAGGUAAAACCGUACAGUUGGCUGUUGCUCUUCGUGAAUGGAAUGUGCCCCUGGGAACACUUCCAGAAUCGUCUGCAACAUGCACAGCAGGGAUGGGGGAACUUUUUCAACUUGGGGGCCACAUUUCCUGCUGGGCAGCCUUCCAGGGGCCAGAUGCCAGUGAUGGGCAGGGCCAGAGGCAAAAGUGAACAGAGUGACAAAUGUGAAUUCUGUACUUGUACAGUAGGCUAGCUUCUUCACACACUCACACCCCCGCCCUGUCCUCCAUUUGUACAAGCAUGAGGCAUAACCAGAAUUAAAGAACUUACUCUAGCCCAGCAAAAACAGUGAAGGAAGGUGUGAAGCAGGGCUGACAAGGGGUGUGGCCUGGGCUGUGGCUAGGGAGGGUGUGUGAGUUGAGGAGAAUCCCAUGGGCUAGAUACAGAGGUGUAGAGGGUCAUAUUUGGCUGCAGGUCUGAGGUUCCCCACCUAUCAUAGACAGACUCCAUUGCAGAUGUGCAUGGAUUUGUUGACAGAGAGGUCAAUAUGAAAAGCUAGGCGAUGACUCUAAAAUCACAAGAUGCCUUUAAUAUAACGAGAAGAAGCUAUAAAGGGAAUGUGUACUUGCAAUGGAUGGAACUCUGUACACAGCCCUGUAGAGCUUUGGGUUAUUGUCAGAAUCAUGUGCUUUGAGUCUGUUUUAACAAUUAAUCUGUGAACAAAUGUUUUCUUGCUCUCUCUUUCUGUAUUUUUUUUCCCCAUUUCCCACCCAUGUGUGUAUAUCUCUCUGCAUGUUUUGUUUCGUUUGAGUAUCUUUAUUGGCUGUUCUGCUGUGGGCUGCCAAGAAAGGUCACUUGGCAUCGUUUAGGCUGUUAUCCCCUUCCACAGCAUUUCCCCUUGCCAGAACAAAAUGGGAACUAGUACAGUGUGCCAACUGUAACAAAUAUAGACGACCUGAUGUGAAAUAAAGAACAUGGGUCCUCAAUGGAAGAGUCAGUAAUUGUGUUAGUCCGAUCGUUUUCUCAGUUAGUGGCUUUGCAUUUGCUGUGAUUGGUUUGAAAGAUAUUACUGUAAAUCCACACUUAACGUUUGUCUCAUGUUUUCUUCUGUUUGUCCCAUGAUUUCUAGACACAGGUCUGAUGAGGUUUUUUUUUCCAUUCUGCUGCUUUCCCUGGGAAAACCAACUGUUUACUGCUGAAUCAGAACAAACAUCAAUCCAUAGAAAACCCUAUUGAUGAUUGUUCCAAUUCAGCAGUAAACUGCAGGUUUUCCUGGGAAAAGUGGUGGAGCAAAACAAAACCCCCCGACUUAUUCCUAGAAAUCAUAUUACAAACAGAAGUGAAGAUGAAUCAUUAGACAUUGUACUUCCUCUUGACAGUUUCUUUCUUUGUCUUUUCUGGAUCUAUUUGUUAUUGUUUUUUCAGAAAUAUUUCCAUCUGUCCUUAUCCACAUUCCAUUUUAUCUUUAUUGCCAAUUCUCUCAUCCACACCCUUCUCAGAUUUGCAUUUUUGUUUUUCUUCUUGAGUGACCACCCAUGUCAGCUAUUCAUUCGUGUGUGUGUGUGUGUAUCCCCCUGUCAUCUACAGUUUUGUGCUUUUAUCUUUCUCCCCUUAUAAAUACAAAAGUUUAGGAACCCUUUCCCCCCCUGGAGAAAUGCCAGGGAGAAACCAUCUUUGAAAAGGUUUGUCUUUAAAAUUAGGCUGCAUGAACAAGAGCAAAAUAGCUUCCCCACUGUGCAGAUUUGAAAUUCUGAAAUCCCAUAUCCCUCCUCUCGUUUUUAAUUCUAUAAUAUUAGCAAUAUGAGAAUCAGCCAAAUAAAAUACUUGUAGGAAUAGAACACAGUGGUCUCGUAACUUUCUUUCUUAAAAGCAUAAUAAAAGAUUAAGAAAAGACUACUUUAUGCAGGCAUUUCAGGAAAGACACCACCUAUUCCGCUCAAUCAGAACUUUGGAAACAAAAGCAUUUCCACUGUUUUGCUGUGAAAGUCUGUCAUAUGAAUGUUGUUUAUGAUUUCCUGGCGCGGAAUAAGAUCCCAUCAUUAGAACUUCUUUUAACAUGCUUUUGAAAGGCAACAAAUUUUCUUUUGGGUGGAGUAAUAUGGGGCUUACAUGCACAUUGCAUGAGCAAUAUAUGGGGUUACAUCUAAUUGAUUGAGAAAGUUUCCAAAAUGGCCACAACAGUGUGUGUGUGAAUAAAGUGUCCUGCUACAAUUUGCAGGCAUCAAUAAUAUAGCACAAUAGCUGGCCAAUUUCACCACCUAACCUUGUAGCUGCUUUUAUGCUCAGAAUAUAUAAUUGCAAAGUCAGUAAUUAUGUCUUUCAUUCUUAUUCUUUGAACAUUUGCAACAUGGAAAGUUGUAGGCGUGAAUGAAGAAAUGAGACUGUACAUGGAGUUAGGCUUUAAUUAUAGGGAGCCAGGCCGGACCACUGCUGGUACCUGCCGUCACUGCUGGUACCUGCCACUGUACACACACAUCAUGUGUGCAUAAACAGGGAGGAAAAACUAUUGGGAACAAGGUCAUCUCCCACAAUUACCUUUGUGGGACAUUGUGGGUUUUUUCCACACUAAUAAACCACAGCCAGGAAGCCAAGAACCUUGGCUUCACAUCAUAGUUUGUUUGGAGUCAAACAAACUACAAUUCUUGGUUCUGACAUUGUGGUUUGUUGCUCCUGCUUGUGCUAGGAGAGGGAGCAAAGUGGGAGCUGUCUGCAUGUUCACAUUACACAUUAACCAUGGUUUACCAUCAUGUGUGAACACAGCUAAUCAGGGCUGACCCAAGACAUUUUGGUUCCUGAGGUGAAGCACAAAAUAGCGCCCCUUCCUUCCCUGGGAAGAAGUGGGGAGUGAAGCUGCGUAUUAGGAACAAGGGGUGAAUAAAGAUCUACAUGUGAUCCUUUUCUUGAAGGCCAGAUCUGCUGCUGUCGAUUCUGCUACCUGAGGUGAUUGCCUCACCUUGCCUCAUGGAUGGGCCAGCCCUGCUGCCAAUGAAUUCCUUCAAAUUCCUUGCUUCUUGAGUAUCAAUCAGCCUUUAGAGAUGAAUAAUCAUUAUGGUCUUAGUGAGAAAGAUGAAGACUGUAAAAUGCUUGAUGAUUCACAACUUGUUUAGUGCGCUUGAUGUUUAGCUUUCCUGAUGUUUAGCAAUUGCUUCGCUUCUUUGGAUUUAUUUUUGUACUACUGUAAACUUAGGGGCGCCUCUCAUCCCACAUGUUGUGUUUAUACAGUGGUACCUCAGGUUAAGUACUUAAUUCGUUCCAGAGGUCCGUUCUUAACCUGAAACUGUUCUUAACCUGAAGCACCACUUUAGCUAAUGGGUCCUCCCACUGCUGCCACGCCGCCGGAGCACAAUUUCUGUUCUCAUCCUGAAGCAAAGUUCUUAACCCGAGGUACUAUUUCUGGGUUAGCGGAGUCUGUAACCUGAAGCGUAUGUAACCUGAAGCAUAUGUAACCCAAGGUACCACUGUAUAUGGAUUUCUUUCUGUAAAAUUCCCAUGCUACCUGCAGAAUCCGAAAGGCUUGGGUCCAGAUAUCUUAAGAGUUAUGCACCAAAAUCCUGAAUGGGUGCACAUUUUGUGCAUGAUGAGAAGCUUGUGCAUUCUGUACCCCAGUGUACACACACAAAAUGUAUAUGGACUGUUAAUCUGUAGAGUCAUUCUACAAAAGUUAGUUCUGAAAGUGUGCCAGUUGUUUGUAGUGUAUUCCAACUCAAAGCAGAAACAAUGACGUAUUUUUCCCUCUACAGAGGCAUUUCUAAGCUGUAAACACAAUGAAGGGAAGGAAACUACAAGAGUAGAAUGGAAAAAAAUUACCAAAACUGGAGUUACAUUUGUCUACUUUGAAGGUUCCUUUGUUGGUAAGAAAAUGCUUACAUUUAUAUUUGUGUGUGUGUUUACUGUGCUGCUGAGGGCUUGUGUCCUGCAUGUGAAAUGUUCCCAUGUUCAGGGUUGCAUGGAGAAAUCACAGGAUGUACAGUGUACAUGGAUUUAUUUUUUACUGUUUUAUCCAAUUCUCCUCCCAAGAAGGUCAAGAUGACGUACAUUGUUCUUUCCUUCCAUUUUAUCUUCGCUCAACCCUGUGAGUUAAGUUAAGCUAGGAGUUACCAGCUGGCCCAAGGUCACCCAGCAAGCUUCAAAGCUGAAUGGGCAUUUGAACCUGAGUCUCAUGGAUUGAACUUGUAGCUCUAGCAGCCAUUUCCAUGAUUGUGACAUCACAAUCAACUGUAGAAAUAGCUGCUGCCUGCUUUGCUGAACAAGAGGAUAGCCUGUUUGGUUCACAUGUUCCUUUUAGUCAUAGGCACAUUUCUUAAUAGAUAAAUCAAAUAAAAUUGAUUUGACUGUCUGACGUAAGAUUUAUUUAAUUAAGUGACAUUCCCUGUAUGUGUGUGUGUGUGUGUGUGUUUGUGUGUGGAGUAACUAGUUAACAAAACAUACAUAUUGCAUUCUGCUGUUGUAGAGCUCUUGUGUGUCACUGAAAAUCUCCCAUCCUUUGUUUCAAGGGUUGCUCAAACACUUGAAAGGCAAAGUCGCACAUAUGUGGCUUUCCUCCAUUUUCCAUUCGUGUUCCUGACUGUCCUGACUAACCCUUCUUCAAACAGCUAACAUCCACACUCAAGCAUCCCAUUCCAUCUGUAGCUUGGCUUACUCUGUCCUGUAGUGCUGUCUGCUGUUGUAACAGUUUUGAGGGAGAAAUGAGAAAAAGCAUGCAUCUCAUGUGUGAACCUGCCUUUAAGUCACAAAUUAGGUCUGGCACAAAAUGGCUCCUCUGCUUUCAGUGGUGUCAUUUUGAGUACGCUCUAAGCAUCUGUAUGGGGGAGAGAAUGGGGUGGGAAAUCGGGGGAUGAGGAAUUAAAGGGGGAUACUGCCAGCAGUCACAGCCCUGUAGCAGCAACCACAAAAUAUGUCCUGACAGCCACUAGCUGCUAUUUUGCUCUAACAAUUUCCCCUCAGAAAAGGAGUAAUAUGAUUAGGAUAUAUAGCAGGAGUUGCCAACUCAGUGCCUGGGAGCCAUGGCAUCCACAAAGGCCUUCAUUUGGAUUAAUAAUGGCAUUGAUAACAGGGUACUUGUGUCUUUAACAGCUGUAUGACUGAUAGUGGCUGAUAGUUCUCAUUUGAAAACAUUCUACUGCAACAUAUAAAAGCUUACAAUGUAUCAAAAUUGCAUGCAAAAUAUGUGUUUGAGACACCAAAUCCCUUAAUAAACUACCUCACAUGAAAUGGAGUGUUGGAAGGGUCUUCGGGAGAAAAUAAAUAUUGUGGGGAAUGGCAGGUAGAGAGCCAAACUGGCAUUGUAUUCUGGAAAACCAGUCUUUUUUCCCUAAUUGUUUUAUACAUUUAUAAAGCAAACUUGAGGAAGUUCCUUUCUAGCCAUUGCUCUCUGUCUUGAUUGUUUUGCAGGUGAUUUUAAAAAUCGAGGAGAAAGAGUGCAAUCAAGCAUCCGCAUUAAAAAUGUGACUAGAAAGGAUUCUGGGAAAUACCGUUGCGAAAUUAGUGCAUCCACGGAACAUGGACAACAAAUAGGGGAAGUUAUAGUCUCUCUCUUAGUGUUGGGUAAGAAUCUAAACAAAGCUAUUUUGAGGUAACACUAUUCAGUAGUACAUUUCUUCUUGCAUUUUGUUUGCCACCCAAUUACAGAAGGGGUACAAUAAAGUAUCCAGUGUGUGUGUGUGUGUGUGUGUGUGUGUGUGUUGUCUUUAAAAGAAACCCUCUGUAAAAAUAAUGUUUCAUUUUAUAUCAUUUUAUUGUUUUCUGAAAUGUACACAUCCAUUGGGCCUGGGAUAAUUUUUGUUAAAUUAAUGGUAUGAACCAGACUUUAAAGCCAACCAUUUUGUAAAGAGGUAAGUAGCUGGGAACUAAUUUUAGACAUUCUGAAAUAGAUUAUUUAAAAUGUAUGAAUGGGGUUGUAUCCAGAGUGGACUCACUGAAAAUACAUGAUUAGAUUCAUUGAUUUCAGUGGGUCUACUCUGAGGAGUAGUAUUUAGAUGUUAGUUUGAUACAACCGAUUAUAUUUUAUCUCUAGUUGUGGAAGAGAAAGUCUGGACAUAAUGCACCUCAGAUCAGUAUUUUGUUUACAACUAAAUAUUAUAUUACAUUUGCUGAUUCAUUGUUGAAACAUCUUGAACACUGGCUUACAUCAAACUUCCGUCGGACAGUGCCAUAGGCGAGGAACAAUAUGCAGACAAUGUGAUGCAUAAACCACUCAGUCCAGCUGCCUUUAUUAGAGCAACUUGUGAGCAAAUAGGCAGGUUUAGCCAUUCAGAUAUUUUACUUUGAAACAGAUCAUGUCAUUUCCUAGUCCCACCAGCUCCUCCUGCUUGUGAAGUGCCCAGCUCAGCUAUGACGGGGACAGUAGUGGAGCUACGCUGUAAAGAAAACAAUGGUGUUCCUGCGUCAAAGUACAGAUGGUAUAGGAAUGGCCUUCUUCUGCCGGAAAGCCCAGCAUUGCGGAGCAUUAAAAAAGAGAGACUUCCUUAUACCAUGAAUGCUACAACUGGAACUCUGGUUAGUGAACCUCUGCUCAAUACCACUUAUCAUUGGACUUUACUUAGCCCAAGAAAAGGCUUAACAUUCUGCUGUGGUAGUACUGAGGAAAUUCAACAUAGUAUCAGGACCCUACUGUGUGGUUUUGGUUUUUUUUGCCUCAGAGUUGCAUAGAGAUAUAGUAAAUAGGACCUCUUUCAGUCACCUUGCAUCCUACACGUUGUAUAUCUUUUGAUAUAUAGCUCAGAACCAGCAUGAUACUUUGCUGAUUCACCCAUAGGAUAAUAAAAUAGAUUGAUGAGUAUGAGAAAAUUUUAGGAAAAUGGGAUAUAUUUUACAAAGCGGAGAUACGUACUUAUCUCACCAAAUGUCUGCUGCAGUAACUGAAUUGGCUCAUCCACACUUCUAUUUGGUGAUUUCUAAGCAUGGGUCCAAGAGGUUUUUCUUUUGCACCGCUGCUUUCCUCAGGAAAACCCGCUGUUUACUGCUGAAUUGAGACAAAUGUCAAUCUGCAGAACACCCAACUGAUGUUUGUUCCAUGAACACCUCUUAUUUCUGCUACACCCCAAUUUUCAGAACUGUUUCAUUUCUCUCUCCUCCCCCUAAAAAGGUUGAAAGCAGUUUGGCCAAAAAUAUUGGUGCGCUGGCACUGCUUUGGCCACCCUCUCCCAUCCCUUAGAUCAGUUGUCACUGUCAGACUGGACAGUCAUUUUGCAUUCUGGAAAACUGUGAAAUACAGUCAUUGAUUUUCAAACAGCUUAGUUCUCGGACAUUUUGGCUCCUGAACAACACAAACCUGGAAGUGACUGUUCCAGUUUGCAAACAAUUUUGGAAGCCAAACAUCUGACGGGACUUCUGCGGCUUCUGAUUGGCUGCAGGAGCUUCCUGCAGCCAAUCAGAUGCCACACUUGGGUUUUGAAACAUUUUGGAAGUCGAACGGACUUCCGGAACGGAUUCCAUUUGACUUCCAAGGUAUGACUCUAUUCUAAAUCCACUGCACUGAUGAUGUUGGUGAUGAUGAUGAUGAUAAUGAUAAUGAUAAUAAUAAUAAUAAUAAUAAUAAUAAUAAUAAUAAUGCAAUGGCAUAAUGUACUAGAAAUGUUGUCUCAGUUUUGACUGCUCAUUCCCAUUUUUUUUGGAAUAUUCUACUUCUUUCUCUCUGUUGUUUUUUUUUUACCAGCUAUUCAAUUCUGUUUCAAAGAAUGACACUGGAGAGUACUACUGUGAAGCUGACAAUAAAGUUGGACAGCCUCAGAAAUGUUCUGUAAAGCGAAUGCAAGUUGGUAAAUGUCAAAUUCCAAUGUGACCAACCAACCUUGAGAUGAGAAUGUCUUAAUUACAAGACAGAGUUAGGAAACUAAAAUGUGUUAGUUCACCUUCCAACUUCAAACUCGGUUAUGUGGCACAUCUUUAAAGGCCCAGUUUGGAUGAUUAAUAAAAAGAGAAAAUAUUUUAAGCAAAAAAAUACAUUUUACCGGACACUGCUACAAUUUAAAGUAGGUUUUCUUGAAAAAAUAUACUGGGGGGGGGGGGCAAGAGGGCGGCCUGCAACUAAACCGUUCCCUUAAAUAGGCUAGGAGUGGGCUGGUCACAGCCCCUAAACCCCUGCCUCUGAUUGGCUUAGCUGGCGCUGUCUCCCCCAGCUGCGCCACAAGAUGGCGGCCACCAUGGAUCCAAGUGGUCAGUGCAGGACCAUUUUUAGAAAGAAGGAUCCAGGGUAGUGAGGAUUGCAACUUGAAAUGCCUUUAGAUGCACCUUUGCAGAUGAAUACGCAGGGAGCAUAUAAUAUUUUCACUAACUUCAGUUCCUGGACCAGCUGUGUAGAGUGAUUAUCUGGCCAUAGUUAUUGUAGUUUAACAAACAGUCGCUCUUCCCAGGGCUCUACCAUGCCCUAUUUGAGAGUGUAUAUAUAUAUAUAUAUAAUGAAUAUUGCCUUCUAUACUCAACCUCCAAUUUGAAAUUAUUUUUGUUUUGCUUUCCAUGCUAGAUGACCUUAAUGUAGGUGGCAUCAUAGCUGCGGUGGUCAUUGUGGCUUUGAUAAUAGCUUCCUGUGGUCUCGGGGUAUAUUAUGCACAAAAGAAGGGCUACUUUUCAAGUAAGUGAAACUUCUUCCUUCCUGGAUUGAUCAGUAAGUUCCCAUGCUUAAAUAUUUGUGAACUGUGUGGGGUUGUGGGCCGGCAGAAGCAAAGGUGGUUUUGGAGCAGAGCUAGCACACUUGGAAGGGGGUGAUAGGAAGGAGGGUGGUGGAAGGGGAUGAUAGGAAAAUAAUGGAAGGGGGUGAUAGGAAAAGGGGGUGAUAGGAAAAUAAAAGGAAAGACAAUUUUAGUCUUGGAAAUAACAGCAGAACCAGCUGCCAGAAAGCAGUACUUCUGGUCUGCGUUGAAAGCUAAUGUUUUUUCCAUGUGGAUGGAUAAUGAACAGUUCCUGUAAAUAAAAGAUGCUGCCCUUGUAAUAACAGAGAGUUGGAGUCAGCGUUGCAUGUUCUGUUUUCAACCCAGUUUUUAUUAGAGGGUGGGUAGAGAACUUAUGAUAUACAAUCUUCUUCUGAAUCUUUAUUGGAAGGCUCUAUUUUUUUUAAACCUUUAAGCUGGUGGCAAAAUGUCUAAAUAUUGCGAUUUCCCUCAGAAAAUCUAGAAUUGCUUUCUGACACCCCGCCCCCCACUUUUAACAACCUUGGAUAUUUUACAUUUGUAACUGUUCAGUUUGUGGUGAGAUUCAGCUAAGUUUUAUCCAGGGUAGGCCUAUCGAAAUUAAUGCUCCUAACUUAGUCAUGUUGAUUAAUUUCAGUGACUGUACUCUGAGUAAAACUUAGCUGACUCCCUAGAGCCAGCCCACCCAUGAGGCAGGGUGAAGCAGCUGCCUUAGGUGGCAGAAGCACAAAAGGCAGCGUCCCAUCUGCCCCACCACUUUUGGUACUUGGUGUUGCCACUUGUCCACCCAGCCCCUGGGAUGGAGAAGGUGAGUGUCAAGGCAUUGUGGAAUGCUUUUCCUUUUGCCAAGUGUUGGCCAGGGUGGUGUUCCACCACCGAUGGAAAUUGGAGGGGGGGUACAGUGGCAGGGGACAAGAGGGGCACAUUCCCAUUUUGCCUCAGGUGGCAAAAUGGGACAGGCUGCCCCUGUGACUGCCAUUCAAUAACAAACAGUCAUGGAUUAAAGUACACUAAAUCUUAAUCUACACUAGACUGCAGAAUUUUACCUCGAUGGAUUUUUCACAUGGUGUUGAAUUUAGGUACCAUUUAAAGCCAGGAUACCUGCAGCCAGUUCUGGCAUCACUGCAACAGGCUGGGACACCUUUGUUAGGAAAUUCUCCUGGGAGGGGGGGAGACGGCAGACCCCCAGUACCUCCGAGUGUCUCCCAGUGGGCACGUCUCUGGAAUGGCAUGUCCCUUCACUCCAGAGUACCCCUCUGCGACACUUCAUAUAUGAAAAGUGCACCCAAGUCUUCUGGCAUCACACAGUAAGAAGAUAGAAACAUCCGUAGGUCUAAACUACGCUUUAUUCACAAUAUAUACAGAGAAUCCAUAAUCACGUCUGUGCUCUCCAAACUCUGGCAGAAACAGAAAGCAUACAGCAAAAGCGAAAGUACAGUCCAAUAACACUCACAGACGGAAGAGAUAAGACAGUCUUCCUUUCCCAAACUCUUCUCAGACAUCUCAUGUGAUUUAUACUAAUCACACUAGUCAGCAUCGGCUACGUAAAAUCCUAACAACCUUAUUCCCAUGGUCUUCCUUCAUGCCAGUUGGCUUAUAACCGUAUGGAAGAUCCACAUGGGAAAUGAGAUCAAUGCAGCUCCCCAGCAAAGAGAUUUCUACCUGACAAUAUUCACAUGGAAAGGAAAUUGUUGUUUCCACAAUGGUUGCUGUUCUCUGUAUCUGAUGUUACUGGCACAGUGUGGGACUGAAGCCUGGGACUCCCAGCUGUUGCUGAAGUUGUUUAUGUGGUGAGCUUAAUGCAACCGAGUCAGGUUUAGUACGUUUCCACAGCCAUUGUAAAAAGCCAUCAGCACACAGGAUAGACAGGACAGUUUCUCGUGGGUUCAUUUGCGAUACGUAACGAAAUAUAUUUCACUUGUCUAAAAGCCAGUCAGUACAUGUAGACAGUAUUUCAGUAAAAGCUCAAACACCAUGGUUUCUGCCCUGUUAUAUCGCGUUGCAGAUUUUUGGAGGCAAGUUUUGAUAUGAAAUUUCUGCUGAAUUUGAUUAGCCAGCUCCCUCUGCUGGGUAACAAUGAGAGUGCAUCUCCCUGUCCCCCAAAUAUUUCUUUCUAUCUUUAAAAUAAAUGUUUUAUUUUCCCAGAAUCAGGGUUCAUCCACAUUCCUCUUUGCCCCGUGAUUUCUAGGCAUGGGUCUGAGAAGUUUUUCUUUCGCUAGGAAAACCCGCUGUUUACAGCUGAAUUGGAACAAACAUCAAUCCACAGAAAACCUAAUUGACGCUUGUUCCUAUUCUGCAGUAAACCACGAGGGACAAAAUAACCAUCUAACUGAACAGUGAGCUGUAAGAUAGGACCAUUUUUGUCCUAGGAGCAAUUAGGAAGAAGUCAGGCAUCUUCAGAUCCCACGUAGACCAAAUAAUUAAGUAGUAAUUUAUUGACUACAUGUUACUUUGUAAUCUAGCAAUAAAUGAUUACUUAGGAAUUUCUUGGCAACUUAUUUUGUAAGUUGUCUUGACAAAUUAUUUUGUAUUGCCCUACAUACUGUGGAAUUUUUUUUAUAUAUAAUGAACUGACGUGGCUUCCUUUCUAGCAUUUAUAGAGUGCAGCAUAGUCUACAAAGAAUUGUUUUAGAAUCUUUAUUUUGUUCACACAUGCAGCAAUCUAGUGAGUGGGGCACAGGAGGUAGUGAUUGAACAUCUAGUCAGAAGGCCACAUCUGACUACAGAUGUAAACUACAGAUCACAUAAUAUAAUUAGCUUCAAAUUAUUUAACCACAUCUUUCUCACAGAGAAAGGAGGAAAAACAUAACCAAGCUACAUAAAAGGUGGGUGAAUGUAUGGAAAAACCCUGCUUUAAAUGGUCUUAAAUAUAACUUUUAUUAACACUUAGCUGGGUGAUCUGAUUGGGAAUAUCUGGAAAACCUGAUGUUUGUCUGAAAGUAAAUAUCUGCAAGAUUAGAAGGAAAUAUGUGAUCAUAUAUUUAUGGCAGUUGUUCCAGAGACUGGUGUAAAGUGUGCAGUUAGGCAGUGUGAAGUAUGGAGAAUGACCCUUGCUUAUCUUUCUUUUCCUGUUUUCUUAUCCCCCAGAAGCACAUUCUUCAGCGUAAGUAUAUUUAUUUUCCUUUCUGUUUGCCACUUUUGAACAGCUGAAACAUUGACUAUAGUUGCAACUGUUGAUCCAAGGAUCAAUAGUUCUGCACUAUUGUGCAGAAUCCCUUGCAUUAGUCAUAUUGGGUCGAAUCCAAACUUCUCCUUCCAUCCACAGGUGAUUUUUGAUCCUGGAUGGAAGGAUCCAGCUGACAGUAGAGGGCGAGGAGGCAACUUUUGCCAAUCCCCCUCCAGUGCCAUCUCCCACACUGUUUCGCUUGUAUGUCUGCCUGUUACAACUCCCUGAAGCAUUUCCUCAGAAAGCACAAGGGGCUGUAGGGGGUAUGGGGGAAAAACUCCCUUUCUCCCUUUUGCUAGCUGGAGCAAAAUCUGGAUCCAAGCCAUUUCAUUUCCUAGCCUAUAAUACCUAAAGCUGGGCUCGGUUGGCUAAUAUUUUAAGAGGGUUCCAGUCGCCCAUUGGCUACUAAUUUGAAGAAGCAAUAAGGAGGCCUUGAACAGUCUUCCCUAUAAAGGAUUGCACCAUAGAACCAUAGAGUUGAAAAGGACCCUGAGGGUCAUCUAGUCCAACCCCUUUCUCUGAGCAGACUCACUGAAACCAGUGGAUCAGAUUUAAAUGAGUGUAUUCUCAGUAGAACAAAACACUGUAUACAUUCAGUACUUCCCUCACUGAAAAUGUACAAGGCAAUUUCUUUCAAAGUUCAUAUGCAUAUAUGCCAAUGUUUUCUUUGUUAAUAAGAACACAGUGAAACAGCUACUUUACAUGGUUGCUAAAGCAAUAUUGUCUAUAUUUUGAAACCCAUGUAACAGACGUAUCUGGAUAAAAUUACUUAUGUUUAAAUAAAAAAUAGUAUAGGGUUUAAUUCAAUUAUAAUAUGAUUUAUAAUGUGAUCUUGUGGGUAUUGCUUCUGUAACAGUUAGACAAAAAUUAAUUUAACGUUAAGCCCCAAAUUUAGAAAUAAUACGAUUGACUUCUUGGUAAAGGUAAAGGGACCCCUGACCAUUAGGUCCAGUUGUGACCAACUCAGGGGUUGCGGCGCUCAUCUUGUUUUAUUGGCCGAGGGAGCCGGCGUACAGCUUCCAGGUCAUGUGGCCAGCAUGACUAAGCCACUUCUGGCGAACCAGAGCAGCGCACGGAAACGCCGUUUACCUUCCCACUGGAGCAGUACCUAUUUAUCUACUUACACUUUGACGUGCUUUCGAACUGCUAGGUUGGCAGGAGCAGGGACCGAGCAAUGGGAGCUCACCUCAUCAUGGGGAUUCAAACUGCUGACCUUCUGAUCGGCAAGUCCUAGGCUCUGUGGUUUAACCCACAGCGCCACCCGUGUCCCUAAUUGACUUCUUACAUGCAGGCAAAUUCCCAGUGAUGGGGAGCCUGUGGCCCUCCAGUUCUUGUUGGGACUCUAUACUCUCACUGUCCCUGAACCAUUGGCCAUGCAGGCUGGGGAUACUGGGAGUUGGAAUCCAAUAGCAUCUGCAGAGCCACAGGUUCCCUUAUCCUUGCGCUAAGCACUGAAUCAAACUUUUUUUAAAAAAUAAAAAUAAAAAUCCAAGCAAAUUCAGUAGAAACAUGAAUGUAUGGAAAACAAAACUCUAUAUAAGUAAUGUGCAUGAAAUGCCCAGAUAAAACAGUAUACUUUCUCCCACUUUUGUUUUGCUAGCAGGAAGAACAAAGCUGCAAACAGUGAAAAGGUGAGCAUUCUGUAUCUAUGCGGUAGUGGCACUGGCAAGAUUAAUUCACCCAUUAUGUCUGCUUCAGGAAGGGUGGAGAUAAUGUACUUUCUCAUGCCACAACUCUAAAGUACAGAACGGCUAAGAGCACAGCUAUUCACCCAGACAACAUGGUAAACUGGACUGCAUCAAUUCAGAUGCAGGGGGCAAGGAGGGAAUUAUCUUUGAACGUUCUUCAGUAUAAAAGCGUCCCGUAAAAAGCUGGCUAGCAUAUUAGGGAAGAAAACUAUGCUUGGCUACUAUUUACAGAAAGUUGUUUUGAAUUAUGUCCCCGCAUAAUGUCCCAUCUGACCUGGUAGAGAAUAGCAAGAGAUGCAUCAGGUUAUUUCUGUUGGCAUCUUACUCAGCUGUACGCUCCUCUAUACAUCAUACCAGUAGUUAUAGAAAGGAGCAUUUGUAGAAAGAGGCUAUUUCCAGCAGUCUUGUUACAUACUGAAUACAUACCAGCUCUCAGGAAGGUGCGUCUCCAUCUAGUGGCAAGUUCAUGAAUUUCUAUAGCCUUACCCAGAUUACAGUGGUGCCUCGCAAGACGAAAUUAAUUCGUUCCGCAAGUCUCUUCGUCUUGCGAGUUUUUCGUCUUGCGAUGCACGGUUUCCCAUAGGAAUGCAUUGAAAAUCAAUUAAUGCGUUCUAGGAAGCCGCCUUCAGACCAGGUCCGGGGACAGUCUGUCCCCGGACCUCUUCUGAAGGCUGGGGGGGCAAGGGCUUUCUUCCACCCCAGCAUUUUAAAAACCCGGGACAGCGGAGGACUUCUCCGCUGUCCAGGCGAUCUUAAAAUGCUGGCGGGCGGCAUUUUAAAAUCACCCGGGACAGCGGAGGACUUCUCCGCUGUCCGGGGCAAUUAAAAGCCCCUGGGAAGGCAGGCAGGGGGACAAGACUUUGCCCCCGCCAGCCUUCAGAAGAGGUCCUGGACCUCUUCUGAGGCGGGCGGGGGCGAAGUCUUGCUCCCCGCCUUCAAAGCCCUCCGGGACAGGCAGGCAGGGGAGCAAAGACUUCGCCCCCCGCCCGCGUUCAGAAGGUCUUGCCUCCCCCCGCCCGGCCCGGAGCACCGUUCCGAAGCCGGGCGGCAGCGGAGGUCUUCCCUCCCCGCCCGGCUUCGGAGCACCGUUCCGAGCCGGGCGGCGGCGGAGGUCUUCCCUCCCACCGCCCGGCCGGAGCACCGUUCGAGCCGGGCAGAGGCGGAGGUCUUCCUCCCCCGCCCGGCCCGGGCACCGUUCCGAAGCCGGGCGGCGGCGGCAGGUGUUCCCUCCCCCGCCCGGCCGGAGCACCGUUCCAGCCGGGCGGCGGCGGCAGGUGUUCCCUUCCCCCGCCCGGCUCGGAGGAGCCUUCCGAGCCCGGCGGCGGCGGAGGAGGUGUCCCUGAGAUUUCCCUAUGGGCUGUCGUCUUGCGAGCAAGCCCAUAGGGAAAUUCGUUCUAUGAGCGCCUCCAAAACGGAAAACCCUUUCGUCUAGCGGGUUUUCCGUCUUGCGAGGCGUUCGUCUUGCGGGGUACCACUGUACAUAUUAAAUACUGUUGUUUUCUCGCACUCCUGACAACUUGUAGGAUCAGUGUUAACACACAAAGCAGUGGUAGAUGUCAGCCAUACUAAAGUUUUUCACACUGCAUGACCCUGUGAGAGAUGGCUAGAUAGGAUGGUUUUCACCAAACUCCCUUCUACAUAUAAGAUCAAGGGGAGGGAGGGACUUCAGUGGGAAUCAGUCUGUAUACAUGGAGGAAGCUUUGUAGUUAUUUUUUACCAUCAUAGUGACAGCAUAGAACCACUGAAAUGGCAACAAGCUUAGGAUACAGUCCACAUUGAGAUUUAUUCAGCUGAUCUCAUGCUCAGGUGGGGAUGCAUGGAUUAAAGAGCGUUUGCUUCACAUAUGAGUCAGCUUGUAGAGUUCUUUUCACAAUAUGGAUGACACAGAAAACUGCUAAACCAGGGGUGGAUAACGUGUGGUUCUGCAGAUGUUGCUGGACUUCAGCUCCCAUCAGCCAUGCAGAUGGAAGUUGUAGUCCAACAUUUGGAGGGCCGCAGGCUUAGCUACCCCUUAUGUAAUGCAUAGGACCUUCCAGAUGUCUUGGACUCCAAUUCCCAUCAUCAUCAGCCAGCAUUGCCCAUAGUUAGGGAUAGCUGGAGUCUGCACCUUGUGCUCUCAUAAUUAUUAGUGGUGAAUGGAUAUUAGUACAAAACCUUCUACUGCAACUAUCUGAAUUAUCUCAACAGUUCUUCUUUCCGUUCCUUAGGAUUUCAAGCACACCAAGUCCUUUGUUAUUUAAAAGAAACCCACCCUCUGAGGAACACCAAAUGAGCAUUUGCUGGAGCAAACUAUCAAAGGGAUGCUUGGACUCUAUUAUAUAAAUAUUAAAGAGUGGUACAUGCAAAAAAUAAACCAAUGGCAAAGCCAAGGCACUACUGCUAAAAGCUGAAGACACACGAUUGUCAAAAGUUGUUUUAACGUAGUUUGAUAGUGCUUUUCUAACCUGGUGGUUGUAGAUUACGCAAUUGUAAGGGGUUUCUUACUGUGUAAUGUCCCCAAAAGGAUAGGAGAGGAGGUGAUGAAGUGCACAAUUCUAGUCGCCACAUCUCAAAAGGAUACCAUGCAACUAGAAAAGGUGCAACCAAAAGAUCAAAGGACUGGAACAACUCCUCUAUGAGGAAAGGUGACAGAUUUAUAAAAUUGUUGAGGAAGUGGCUGAAGUACGCCCCCCCUCAUAACUCCAGAACUUCUGUGCCAUCCAGUGAAGGUAACCAGAGAGUCUGAACAGAGAAAAGGAAAUAGUUCUUUACACCAUACAUAGCUAACUUGUGGGUUUUGCUGAGCGCAACCAGUUUUGAUGUCUUUAAAAGGGAGCUAUACAAACUAAUGGAUGAUAUGAGUUAUAAUUGGCUAUAUAUUCUUUUAUGAUGCCAGUUGCCUGGGAGUAAGUGGAGAGGACAAUUGCCUUCAUGUCUUACUUGUGGGCUACCUAGAGGUCUCUGGCUGGUGACUUUGGGAAACAAGAUACUGGAUUAUAUGAAGCCAGCCCUCUAGGAAGAACUGUCAGGAGUAAGUAGCCUGAUCUGGUCAUUACUGCCCUUGGCUCCUUUGGGAAGGGCAGGAUAUAAAUUUAGUAACUUAAAUAAUUUAACUAUUCAGGGCCAAUAUUUUGGGCUGGGGCAUAGAUGCCUCUAAGGAAGAUUUGUCCUUUUCUCCAUUGUGCAGGUCAAGACAACUGCAACUGCUACCAUACUUGUUAAUGUUAAGGGCAUAAUUCUACCAGCAAGCGGGCUGUGGGAAGAACUGCGCAGUAGGAACAGUAUUGACAUGUUGACCUUAUUUUCUCUACUCCUGCAUCCUGGUCCAGGAUAGGUAGAACCUCAAAAGACAUCAUGUGUAGAGUGAGUGAGGAUUUUUCCUUGUUCUAGAGUAGAAGAUCUACAUGUGAUGUCUUGCCCUAUAAACAACUUUAUUCCAGCCUGCUUGUAAGCUAACUUUAAAGGCCUAAAUGGCAGAAAGGCAAUAUAUGAAUCAAUCAAAUAAAGAGCUCUGAAGUUUAAGAGCUUUUUACUCAUAAUUUUUGUGGAACAUGAUAGGUUCCACAGCCAAGAUCAGAAUAAUAUUGUUCAAAGCCGUUUUUGCCUCCACUAUUUAAAUGUCUUGACUCUUUCAGUCUAUCUAAACAAUAACAAAAUUAUGCAGGUAUAGGUCUGUUGAAGUGUAGUGCAUUCUUACUACUGCUCAUUUUUCGCCCCUUAAACCCUAUUUAUGAUUUAUUUUCUGAAGACUGUACAUUUUGCCUGAGAAGAAAUCCUUUUCACCACUCAAUGCUAACGAAUGCCUUAAUUUUUUUUUAUAAAAAUCUCUUGGAUGGUAUUAUAAAUAAAUCACAUAUGCUUUGUUACUAGUGUGAUCAUGAUACUGAUGCUUAAGACAAAACAUGGGUAUGAAUGUUAGGUUUCUUAAAUAAAAAAAAAGCAAGACAAAUUCCUAAGCCGGAUUCUCAUCUCCACCCAAGAACCUUAAACCUCACAGCUGGCUAUAAUUUCAUGCCCUAACUUUGUUCUGUCGACAUUGUUAGCCUCACCAUAUUAUAAGUAUCUUAUUAGAGAUGUGAGAAAUGUGGUUACUGCUCCUAGGCUAGGGAUGGGGAGCCUGUGAUGCUUUAGUUGUUGCUGGAUUGUUGAUGGACCCAAGACAGCAUGGCCAAUGGGCAUAGAUGGGAGCUGCGGUAAUGCAACAUCUAGAAGUCCACAGGUUCCCCAUGCUUCCUACAAGCAUUAAUAGUGUAAUGUGAUGCUUUUUGUUUCAAGGAUAAAAACCUUGUAUAGGAAAACCUUAGAUCCAAGUAUAGAUCUCAAAUUAAUAUGCAGUCAGUUCUGAUCAACCAAGUAAUCAAUUAUCUGCAUUAUACGCAUGACUAUGACUAAUUGUCAAAGGUUGGCCAAAGCUUCAGGUACUAUUUACACAAUUUUCCUGUGUAAACUACUCAAUUAUUUCAAAUUUCUUUCCCAAUAUAGCAACUAUUUUCAAGCACAUUUGCUCGUACCAGUUGGUGUGGACUUUUCAGUUAUUAAUUUAUUUUUAAAAGCAUGCCACCAAACUUUCAAGAACAAGUAUGGAGUUGCAAACAUUUACCAUUAAUCAUGUGUUCCUCCACCCUGUACACAUUUCCUUAGAAGCAAAUCCUACUCAUUUCAAUGGCAUCCAUUAAGUAAAGGCAAAUAUUAUAUAAGGGUGCCAGUCAACAGUAAAUCAAUGAAAGGCAAAGAAACUAACUUAAAACAUUUUAUAUAUUAUUUCAACUAUUUGAGGAGUUUUAUUUUAACAAAUGUAGUCUAUUCAAUAGUCUGAUAGACCACAUUUUCCAUCUACAGUAUUAUAUUGACAGGCUCCUGACUCUGCUUGUAUGAAAGAUAUGAGCAGUGUUAAAUGAAAUUAAUUAUUGAAUCACCCUGUAUUUCAAUUCAAUUCACUGAGUGAUAACACUUAUGUAACCAAGUGGAAACAACCACAUACUCAGAAUGUGCUGGUACCUCUUCUUGUAACUCCAGGUUUUUUGGAAACCCUUGAGCCCACCUCCUAAAACCCGGCAGCAAUACCAAAAGAAUACAAAGAAGCUGAAAAUGGGGUGGGAAUGGAAUGGCUAGAAAAAUAUGAUGGGAGAAAAAGGAUACUAAAAACACUAAAGCUAUUUUUGAACAGCCUUGGGACUGGAGAGCAGAAGGAAAGCAUGCUGGCUUCUGCUACUUGCCAGAAGACCUAGGGCCCCUGGGAAGCUGCCCCCACCCUGCCUAUGAGGAAUAGCAUCAUGGUAAGAAGAUGACUCACCUAGCCCUAUCCACUAGCCAGAGGAGGAGCUGCAAGGCACUCGCCCUCCAUCCACUGAAGAAUAUUCAGCUCCAACCACCCAGCGGCCCUGCAAAAGCAAGGGGACCUUAUCCCCUUGGUCAAAGAAACAAGAGCUACCAAUUUCAUUUCAAGCAAGAACACCAGCAAGAGAAGAUCAACCUGACUUGAAUUGGAUAGAAGUGCCCUCUUACAGCUCACCCCUUUCAUCUGGCCUUGGAAAACUAUCUUCUACCUUUCCCUGCUCCCACUCGCCUUUCCAUGUGUGUGUUCUUUUAGUUUGUAAACCUGAUGGCAGGGACAGUCUCUUUUUAUUGAAGUGAGCCACUUUGGGAGACUGUUAUUGUCUGAGAGUGGGAUAAAAGCAGUAAAUAAUAUUUUAUUAUUGCAGAAGCAAUAUUUUAACACAGCUGAGACUGGGCAUCAACUAUGUCCGCUGCCUAAUCCUAAAGGAGGAAAAACCCAAACAGCCCAAUGAAGUCUGAGAAUACAGACUGUUUGUUGGAGGAAAACAAGGUGAGGGACAGUGGAAUGAAGCUGUCUUUCCAAUGAGCAAACAAAGCACAGAUUUACAUUCAAGAGAAUUCAAAUAUUCACAUUUGAACACUGAACUGUUUAUUUAAAUUACAACCGUGGGCCUAAUCAACACCUCCAGCCACAUUGCUGCUGCUUGUGUACUUGCUAUCACAUCACUUCUGCUCCUCUUCAAAUUUGGGCUCUGUCAUAUAGGAAAAAUGAAAGGAAGUGUCAGUUUAUUUUCAAAGUGAAGUUUUCUAAAUAGAUAGUUUUACAACUUGAUUCUAUUGUCAAUUUGCCAGAAAUUAAGAACUGCAGCUUUAGCUACACAAAUCUGCAAGAGAGGAGAGGGCCCAUCAGCACUCUUGGAGCAUAACACUUAUUCCUUUUUAAAUGCAGGUUCUCCACAGAUGAACAGAGUCUACUUCAGUGUAAAUGGUGCAAAAGCCACACUUGCUUCCAAGGCAAGUUCCUACUACAUGUAAAUAUUAGCUGCUUUACAAAGAGAUGCAUAGAGAGUAUAUGUAUAGUUUAUUGUUGUUUCAGCCAUCAUUUCCCACAGGGUAAAUAUAUACACUAAUGCAAUACUGAGGAACAACAUCAACCAAAAUAUCUAUUUAUAUUAAAAUAUACAUGUAACAACAACAACAAUUUAAUACACAAAAUGUAUAAUAUACCAAAGGUUAAGAAAUGAUAAAAAAUUAAAAUACAAAUGGUUCAAGGAAUUAAUAAUUAAAAUCAUCCAGCUGCAUAAACCCAGAAAACCAAUAGGAACUAAAUUGUUUUAAAAUAAAGACGUUACACUGU